CUAAUAUAUACAAAUCAUAUAAAUAGCCAUUUUUAUAUCCUCUCGUAACUUUUCCUUCUUUCUUUCUCCAAAUUUGAUCGUAAAAAAGAUUCCUAUCUUCUUCACCAUUCUUUUCUUGAAAAAGAAUCAUGGGCUUAUCUUAUAGCGGCGCCGGAGUUAUUAUCGCCGGAGUUAUCUUGAAUGAUUUUAUCAAAUCAGUUCGUUCUUUUCUUGAUAUUCGUCGUUUGUUUGGUUCGGCAUCUUCAGGGAGCACUAUCAUCGACAAGAUUCCGAUGGACGAUAUGCUUCCGGCAACAAAGUUCGAGGAUAUAUCAUCAAGGGUUAAUCCGCCGGAGAGCUGCCGGAUAUGCCAAGAUGAGUUCGACGGCGGUGACGAAGUCCGGUGUUUGAGGAAUUGCGUACAUGUUUAUCACAAGACGUGUAUUGACCGUUGGAUCCAAGACGAUAAGAUGACGUGUCCUUUGUGUAGGACCCCGAUCGUUCCUGAUUUCUAUUUUUUUCGUUUGUAAAUUAGAAAAGCUAAAUGUUUCAUUAAUCAGAUUUUUUUUCAGCAAAUAGAUAUCAAUCGUUCACUAAUAAAAACUAAUUUUUUGUCUA